AUGGAGAACCCGGAUCGGAGUAGGUGUGUGAACCGGGGCUACCUGGAGCCCUUCCGACACUUCGCCACCCAGGCCAUCCACAGCGGGCAGGAGCCGGAGCAAUGGAAGUGCAUGGCGCUGGUGCCGCCCAUCUCCCUCUCCACCACCUUCAAACAGCUGAGCCCGGGGGAGCACGCGGGCUUUGAAUACAGCCGCAGCGGGAAUCCUACAAGAAACUGCCUGGAGAAAGCUGUUGCUACCUUGGAUGGUGCAAAAUACUGUCUGGCCUAUGCUUCUGGUUUGGCUGCAACUCUUAACGUUGUUCACCUACUCAAAGCCGGAGACCAGAUAAUCUGUACAUCUGACGUAUAUGGCGGUACAAACCGAUAUUUUAGAAGAAUUGCAACAGAAAUGGGGGUGAAAGUGGUAUUUGUUGACUGCUCCAACCUCAAGUGUCUAGAGGCAGCAAUUACACCAGAAACAAAACUUGUUUGGAUUGAAACCCCAACAAACCCAACCCUCAGCGUUAUCGACAUUCAAGGGUCUGCUGAGGUCGUCCAUAAACAUAAAGAUAUCAUCCUGGCGGUAGACAACACUUUUAUGUCGGCAUAUUUCCAACGCCCCUUGUCCACUGGCCCUAGGGGCAGACAUCUGUAUGUAUUCAGCAACUAAAUACAUGAACGGUCACAGUGAUGUUGUCAUGGGGCUGGUUUCUGUAAACUGUGACAAACUCUACGAGAGACUCAAAUUUCUGCAGAAUGCACUUGGCGCCGUUCCGUCCCCGUUUGAUUGCUACCACAAUCUGUAACCGCGGCCUGAAGACUUUACCUCUGCGAAUGAGGCAGCACUACCACAAUGCUCUGGCUGUAGCCAUGUAUCUCGAGAAGGACCCUCGUGUUGACAAAGUCAUCUUCCCAGGGCUGCCAUCCCAUCCACAAUACGAGCUCACCAAGCGGCAGUGCACCGGUGUCCCUGGUAUGGUUACAUUCUACGUCAAAGGCAACUUGGAACAUGCCAAGAUAUUUCUGAAGAGUGUGAAGGUUUUUGCUUUGGCUGAAAGUCUUGGUGGAUAUGAAAGUUUGGCUGAGCAUCCAGCAAUAAUGACACAUGCCUCUGUCCCAGAGGAAGACCGGGCUCUCCUCAAUAUCAGUGACACCCUUAUCCGUCUCUCCGUUGGCCUAGAAGACACAGAAGACCUCGUUGAAGACUUGGAUCAGGCUUUGAGGGCUGCGGUAAGUAUUGCUAGUCGACUUGGCCUUUUGGCUCGAUAG